AGUAAUGAAAAAAAAAGAUAAAAAGAAAGAAAAGGAGGAAUCAAUUACGGAAGACGAUGAUGUCGUUUUGAUGAGUUCACCUGUUGUUUUCGCUAAGACAACCUUAAAAAUAAAGAAACUAGCUUUCCUCUUCUCUCAAUAAGAAAAAAUGGGAAUGGGAAGGUAUCAGAAAUCUGCAACUUCUGGUGUUUCAGCGAGAUGGGUUUUUGUUCUCUGUAUUUCUAGCUUCCUUCUUGGUGUUCUUGUUGUUAACAGGCUUUUGGCAAGUUUUGAAACCGUAGAUGGCAUUGAGAAAGGUUCAUCUGAGCCGAAUGAUCAAGCUAGGUCACUUCAUCCUCUUAUUGAUUGUGAGAGUAAGGAAGGAGACAUUCUAUCUCGAGUUUCGCAUACUCAUGAUGUUAUCAAGACAUUGGACAAGACAAUUUCUUCUCUUGAAGUAGAACUAGCUUCAGCUCGAGCAGCAAGAUCUGACGGUAGAGAUGGAUCUCCAGCUGUUGCAAAAUCAGUAGCAGACCAAUCGAAGAUUCGGCCUCGGAUGUUCUUUGUGAUGGGAAUCAUGACUGCUUUCAGUAGCAGAAAACGAAGAGACUCAAUAAGAGGAACCUGGCUUCCUAAAGGGGAUGAAUUGAAAAGGCUAGAGACAGAGAAGGGAAUCAUUAUGAGAUUUGUCAUAGGUCACAGUUCUUCUCCUGGAGGAGUCUUGGACCACACCAUUGAAGCUGAAGAAGAACAACAUAAGGACUUCUUUCGCCUGAACCACAUAGAAGGUUAUCAUGAAUUAUCAUCUAAAACUCAAAUAUACUUCUCAUCUGCUGUUGCAAAAUGGGAUGCAGACUUCUACAUCAAAGUGGAUGAUGAUGUUCACGUAAAUCUCGGGAUGCUUGGUUCUACAUUGGCACGCCACAGAUCAAAACCGCGAGUGUACAUUGGUUGCAUGAAGUCUGGACCUGUCCUUGCUCAAAAAGGAGUCAAAUACCAUGAGCCAGAAUAUUGGAAGUUUGGUGAAGAAGGAAACAAAUACUUCAGACAUGCAACUGGACAAAUCUAUGCCAUCUCCAAAGAUUUAGCAACUUAUAUCUCAGUAAACCGGCAACUACUUCACAAGUAUGCAAAUGAAGACGUCUCUUUAGGUUCUUGGUUCAUCGGUCUCGAUGUUGAACAUAUCGAUGAUCGAAGCCUCUGCUGCGGAACACCCUUGGAUUGUGAGUGGAAGGGUCAAGCAGGAAACCCUUGCGCAGCAUCGUUCGAUUGGAGCUGUAGCGGAAUCUGCAAAUCUGUGGAUAGAAUGCUUGAAGUACAUCAACGUUGUGGAGAAGGCGAUGGAGCAAUUUGGCACACAAGUUUCUAAAAUUCUCUCUGUAAUGUAUAGUUUCAGCUUCUUCUUCUUCUUAUAGAUCAUUAGUAUAGGUUCUGAUUAUGACUGAUGUUCCGUGUUUAACAUUCUAAGCCCCAAUUUUUGCCUCAUAAA